AAUGCAUUAUGGGAAAAAAAUUCCGGAAAUUAAUUUCAGGAAGUAAUGAAACUGCCCAAAAAAGAAAGUCUACACAUUUUUAACACAGUUGAAUACUACUUAUGUAUCCAUACUAGAUGAACUAUCACUGAUGUCACAAGCCGUGCGCGCAGAUCUCUUAUAAGGAAGUUGAGCUCUGAGUUCAGGAACUGGAAAAUUUGCGAUUAGCUCCUUUAGACAGAAACUGAGCAUGAGUUUCAUAAAAAAGUUCAGAAAUCGUCGCUCUGGUCCAGGAGCUGCUGAGAAACAAGGAAAACAAGAUUCUCAAUCCUCCGAGAUUCACGAGAUUGGUUUUCCCAUGGGGGUUAAACAUAACCUCCACAUAAACAUUGACAUGGUGACGGGAGAUUUAGUCCUCUCAGAAACAUGGAAAAAACUCUUGAAAUCUGCGGACAUUUCGAAGGCUGACCAAGCAGCCAAUCCAGAGGCUGUAAUUAAUUCACUGCGUACUUUUACCAAAUCAGUCAAGAAAAAACCGGGAGUUGGCAAGUUUAUGCAAAUCCAGGAGUCUGUCGCAGAAUCUGACGAUGAACUGGAUUACAGUGAUGAAGAAAAACGAAACAGCAAAAAAUCAAACGAGGAGAUACCCCCUGCCCCUCACACGGUGGAGUCACCAGUUUUUGAAAGGACACCUUCAGAAUCUGAACACAAGGGUGAUAUUGUGGAUGGAGUAAAGAAUGUUACCCUUGACAACAACGAAAAAGAACAUGAACCAGAGGUUAUCACACGGCGACCUAAAUCUCAAAAGAAAAACAUGUCUGACGAGGAAAUCAACGAGGGACUUCGGGCACUUGCUUCACCAGGAGAUCCCACUGCAAAGUAUACUAUUUCAAAGAAGCUUGGGGCAGGAGCAUCUGGUUGUGUGUAUAGUGCAAAGCCUAAAGAUCAUGAUGCAGUUGUAGCCAUUAAAUCUAUGGAUUUAACCAACCAGCCCAAGAAGGAGCUUCUUAUAACAGAGAUCGAGGUCAUGAAAACUUACCGACAUCAAAACAUAGUCAACUUCCUGGAUUGUUACUUCCUGUCUGAGAAAAAUGAAUUGUGGGUAGUAAUGGAAUACCUUGAUGGUGGUGCACUGACUGACGUUGUUACAGAAACCAUAAUGAAUGAAGGACAAAUUGCAGCAGUUACCCGAGAGUGCCUACAAGCUUUGAACUAUUUGCACUCUAAGGGUAUUAUACAUAGGGAUAUUAAAAGUGACAAUGUAUUAUUAGGAAUGAAUGGGUCAGUCAAACUUACUGAUUUUGGCUUUUGUGCUCAGCUAAGUGGAGAUAACUCAAAGCGACAGACAAUGGUAGGAACACCAUACUGGAUGGCUCCAGAGGUCGUAUCAAGGAAACACUAUGGUAAGAAGGUAGAUGUUUGGUCCAUGGGAAUCAUGAUCAUUGAAAUGUUGGAGGGAGAACCCCCCUAUCUGAACGAAACCCCACUGAAGGCUAUUUAUAGAAUAGCAACCAAGGGAAAACCUGAAAUUAAAAAUUUCGAGAAGCUGUCAAAAUUACUUCAGCAAUUCAUCGACAGGACGCUUGAAGUGGAUGUUGAGACAAGGGCAGACACUGAUGAACUCCUUCUGCACGACUUCCUUAAAUGUGCAAAAGACCUUAAAACCCUCCGACCCUUAAUAGUAGCUGCUAAGCAAGCUACUGGGCACUAGUUUGCAAAUGUACAUAGAUUAAGAAUUUUAAUUUUGACACCAAGGUAGGAAUUUUCUGUACACAAAUAAGCACCUUUAUGCGAAAGUUUGUGUGUGUGUCUGCAGUUGUGGAAAUACUGUUUUUAAUUUGAUUUGAAAGAACUGAAACAGUUUUUGUAUUAAGUCCAUUAUUUAAGCAUUUUGGUAAUCUUUAAAGCAGAUGUAGACUUAAAUAUAAGUUGUACCUCAUUUACCAGGUGUAUAUUGAAACUAAGCAAUGUGUAUACCAUUUGUAGAAAAUAACUUUUUAACAACUACACUUCAGUGAUCUGUCCAAUCAGUUUUUUGCUGCCUCUGUUGUAUAAGAGAAGUUUUGAGUACAAAUAUAGAGUUGUUUUACUUCCAUUGUUCCAUAGUUUAUUAUUUAUCUUUUUCAUGUGUCCUUCAAAUCUGUUCCUUGCAGACUGUUGCCAUUAACUUUUUUCACAAAUGACUGUCACUUAAGAUAUAUAGUCUGAUUUGUACAAAGCAUGUCCAGUUGUCCACCUUGUAUUAUAAAUUAAGAUGAGAUGAACAUGUUGAUCUCAUAUUUUAUAUAUUUUUCUAGAAUGGACUUUUGAAUCUUCGUAACAUUCUGAUAACAACAUUCUAUUAGCAUACCAGUGUGACUGUCUUUAAUAUGAAAGGGAAUUGAUAAAUUUUGUACAUUUUGUAGCAUACUUCUACAUUCCUGAAAUACUUCAUGCAGCAGAUACUUGGGAUGGUGUGAUUUAAGAAAAUGUCUCUUGUGUGAAUGUAUGUGUGCUUGCAUAUAUAUAGGGUGCAUGUCUAUAAGGUGUUAGUUUGCAUCACAUGAUGGUCAUAUGGCCAUUUGUAUUGCUUUGCUGUCUAUCAAAAUUACGUUAUAUAUAUAAUACUACAUUCCAUUUGUAUAUUGUUGAUUUAUAUUUUUUUAACUGAUUACAUUUUAUUCUACUUAAUUAUAUAUAUUACAAUUUCUGUCACAACCUUUCCAGUACAUGUUUUUGAUUUAUAAGUGAAUAUAUUAAUAUUUUGAUUUUUUUUUCUCAAGUUAAGAAUUAUACCUCAAUAGGAAUUCAUUAUAUUAGAUAAAUCAGUGUGUGUGCUGGUCACCUUGCCAAUUUUUACUCUCUUUUUGGACUGUAUUUUUUAAUAAUGAUAAGUAUACACUUGUAAAUUCUUAAUUUUUUUGAAAUAGUUAUUUUCUAAUUAGCAACACUGUAGCUGAGCUUAUAAAAUUAUUAUGUAAAAAUCUGUACAUUGUUAAAAAAAGGGAAACAUGUGCUGUUCGAAAUUCAUUACCAGAAGGAAGUUCAUCAUUGAAACAUAAAUAACAACUGGGAUAUUCCGGUUCAUUGUAAAUGUAAACUUUCAUCCAUUAAUGUAUUAUGCGUGUUAGGUUCUUAAUUGUUGGUACAUAAUGAAGUAUUAUGAUGAACAGGAAAUAAAUGUUUCAUGCCACAGUGAUGCAUUAACAUUAUUCAUGCUAAUAUCCAUUUAAGAUCAAGGUUCACAUAGCACAUAAUGCUUUCACAGAUCAAGAAAGGGAAGUCAUGUCUCAAGGGAGAUAAUCAACUUAUACUAACGAAGCAAAUCUUAAAAGAUAUUAUAGUGUAUGUAAUAAAUUAAUUUCAUAAA